AUGAUUUUAGCUAACGCAGCUAGUAAAGAUAUUCUUUUCCGAGGCUUAUUCAAGUCACCGGUAUUGGCAUUUCAAACUUGUCGUUACGUUUCUAUAUUAGGCCAAUUGAAACCAUCGGAUGGUUCUACAAAGUCAUUUAAAAGGCUUGGGCGCGGUCCCUCAAGUGGUUUGGGUAAGACAUCAGGGCGUGGUCAAAAGGGUCAGAAGGCACGUGGUAAAGUAAAAUCUUGGUUUGAAGGUGGUCAAACUCCAAUUUAUAAGUUAUUCCCUAAAAUUGGAUUUACCAAUGUAAAUGCCAAGCCAUUAAAGGAGCUGAACUUGGAACGUAUUCAAUGGUUUUAUGACAAGAAUAGGCUGGAUUUACAACCGGGUGAGGUUCUAGAUAUGAACAAGAUGAAAAAGCUUGGUUUGGUAACUGGACCCAUCAAAUACGGUGUUAAAAUUCUAGCUAGCGGGAAAUUUCACUAUAAUCUACCGAUUGCUCUUGAGGCUUCGAGGGCAUCCGCUAAGGCUAUUGAGGCCAUUGAAAAAGCAGGAGGUAAGUUUACGGCUCGCUAUUACACACCGUUAGGGUUAAGAGUACAUCUUAACCCUCAAUGGUUUUUGAGGAAAAGGGGAAGACUACCUUUACAGGCAAGACCUACAAGAAGAAAGGACAUUGAUUUUUAUAGUAAAGAAGAGAAGAGAGGUUACCUAGUAAUGGAGAAAGAUAAGCUUUUACAAGAUAUUAAGAAUGCUCAAAAGAAUGGAUCAAGAAAUUUCUUAAAGCAGAACACAAGAAAGAGCGCAUUAGAAAUAGAGUUAGAAGGAUUGUCUCCAGAGCAUGAUUUCGUGCCUGUCAUGUCCAGUUCUAAAGUCAUGAACGUUAAGGUCUUGAUCCACUAG